AUGGGCGCCCCGAGCGCCGCCGGGGCCACCGUGCUGCUGCUGCCGCCGCUGCUGCUGCUGCUCCCAGCCGCGCUGGCCGAUGCCGCCUCAGGUGCCUGUGUCUCCCACGGCCUCUUAUUUGAGAAUAACACCUCCUGGAAGCCGGAUUCCUGCCAGGACUGCCGGUGCCGGAGCGGCGUUGUCACCUGCCAGCCUACAGUCUGCAGAGCCCCUCAGUGUGACUUCCAGAAGGGAGAAGUGCUCCAAAUAGCCUCCAACAAGUGCUGCCCCCAGUGUGCCUCCCGAGCCGAAGGAUUCUGCCAGCACGAGGGACAGAUCCACAGCCACGGCACGCAGUGGGCCAGCUCGGCAUGUGUGCGCUGCUCCUGCGCCCACGGGAAGGUGACCUGCAGCCCCAGGACCUGCCCAGCCCUCACCUGUGCCCAAGGGGAGCUGCAGGACACUGCCCAGGGCUCCUGCUGUCCCAGAUGUGUGGGCCCUGGUGAGCCUUGCUCCUUUGAUGGCCGCGUGUUCCAGGAUGGAGAGGGCUGGAGCCUGGGUCGGUGCUCCAGGUGUGUCUGCAGGGAUGGUGCAGCUCAGUGCUCCACAGCUUCCUGCCAGCCUCUGCUCUGCAGCCAGGAGGAAGUCAUGGUUCUGCCUCCUGGAAAAUGCUGCCCAGAAUGUGUCCCCAAGCCCUGCUCGGUGUCGGGAAGAACGUUCCAGCACGGGGAGCAGUGGCAAAAAAAUGCCUGCAUUACGUGUGUGUGUCAGAGAGGGGAAGUCAGGUGUCUGAGGGAGACCUGUGGCUCUGUCACCUGUGAGGAGGGGCAGAGCAAGGUGCAGCGCCCUGGGAAGUGCUGUGAGGAGUGUGUGUCUUCCAAAGGGAGCUGCUUGGAUGGUGGCACCAUCAGGUACCACGGGGAGAUGUGGAACAGCACCCUCUGUGACUUCUGCAUGUGCCAGGAGGGGGAAGUCACCUGCCAGGGAGCUGAGUGUGCCAAAGUGGAGUGUGCCAAGGGUGAAGAAUUAAUUCACUUAGAGGGGAAGUGCUGUCCUGAAUGUAUCUCCAGCCGUAGCGACUGUGUUUACAAAGAGCAUACCAAAGCUGCCGCGCAGCGCUGGGCCGAGGGGCCGUGCCGCGAGUGCGAGUGCCGGGACGCGGCCGUGACCUGCUUCCAGCGCUCCUGCCUGCCCUGCCCACCGGGCAGCCGGCCCCGGGAGGCCAAGGGACACUGCUGCCCCCGCUGCCAGCCAGGUGAGUGCCACCCAGACUGUGUGAGCUGCUCCCAGGCCUCUGAUCGCUGUGACUCCUGCCGGGACCCCAGGAAGCUGCUGCAGGAUGGGCGCUGCGUGGAGAUGUGUGCAAGGGGCUUCUACCUGCACGGGGGGGCCUGCCUGGCCUGCAAUGAAACCUGCUCAGCCUGCAGCAAUGGAUUUGAGUGCUCCUCAUGCCUGGCACCUCUGCUGCUGAAGGACGGGCAGUGUGUGCCUUCCUGUGGGGAGGGCUACGUCCAGGAUCAGCUCCUCUGCACAGCCUGCCAUGAGUCCUGCUCCUCGUGCUGGGGAGCUGCUGAGAGCCACUGCCUGUCCUGCAGGGACCCAUCACACGUGCUCCAAGCUGGGCUCUGCCUGGCCAGCUGUGCCCAGGGGUUCUUCCCAAAGGAUGGUGUCUGCACUGCUUGUGGCCAGUUCUGUGAGAGGUGCUCUCCAGAGGCAGGCAGGUGUGUGAGCUGUGCUGCAGGGAAGCUGCUGCACCAGGGGGAGUGCCUCCCUCAGUGCCCACACGGACAUUUCCCCAGCAGCACUGGAAGGUGUACAGCUUGUCACGCUUCAUGCUCCACAUGCCAGGGACCUCUGGCCACUCACUGCACCUCCUGUUCCUUCCCUCUGGCCCUACGCCAGGGCCAGUGCCUGGAAAGCUGUGGAGAGGGCUUUUACCAGGAUCACAGCAUCUGCAAGGGUUGCCACCCAUCCUGCCGCUCCUGCACCGGCCCGGGGUCCGCGCAGUGCCUGCAGUGCCGGGCACCCCAGGAUGUCCUGCAGCCUCACCUGCCUGGGGAAGGAGCUCUCCAUGGCCUUUGCCUGCCCCUCUGCCCAUCCCAUUUCCAUGUGGACAGCACAGGAGUCUGCAGAGAGUGCCACUCCUCCUGUGCAGGCUGCGUGGGGAAUUCCUCCCAGGACUGCACAGCCUGCCCGGCUCCUCGCGUGCUGCUGCAGGGCAGGUGCCUCCCCUCGUGUCCUGAGGGGCUCUUCAGCCACAGGAACCGCUGCUCCCCCUGUCACCCAUCCUGCAAGACAUGCCAUGGCCCCUCUGACUGGGAAUGCUCCACCUGCCACCCCCAUGCCACUCUGGAUGGUGGCAGGUGCAGGACAGGCUGCAAGGAGGAGCAGUACCUCAACCUGGUGGGCUACUGUGUGGACUGCCACCCCCUGUGCCAGCGGUGCGUGGCCGACCUGCGGGACAGCGGCAGCGUGUGCCUCAGGUGCCAGCACGGGCGGCACCUGCUGCUGGGGGAUCACUGCCUGCCCCGCUGCCCCCCGGGACACUAUGCCGAGCACGGAGCCUGCAAACCGUGCCACCCUUCCUGUAAGAGCUGCACUGGCGAGGGUCCCUUGUCCUGCUCAUCCUGCAGUGCCAGCCUGGUGCUGUCCCACACGGGCGCGUGUGCUCGGCUCUGCUCCCUGGGCUACUACAGGGAUGACAGCAACACCUGCAGACCUUGCAGCAGCCAGUGCCGGAGCUGCGACUCAGCCGCCGGCUGCACGUCGUGCAGAGAUGCAGCCAAGGUCCUGCUCUUUGGGGAGUGCCAGUACGACCGCUGUGCUCAGCAGUAUUACCUGGACUUUUCCACCAACACUUGCAAAGAGUGUGACUGGAGCUGUAACGCCUGCAAAGGUCCCCAGAGGACUGACUGCCUGCAGUGCAUGGAGGGCCACGUUCUCCACGAAGGAGCUUGUGUGGAACAGUGCCCUCCAGCUUUCUACCGGGAAUCAGACACGUGCCAGAGGUGUGACCAGCCCUGCCUUCAGUGUCACCAAGCAGACAAGUGCAGCCUCUGCCCAGCCCCGUUCUUCCUCCUGGGCAGUGCCUGUGUUCCCAAAUGUGGGCAGGGAUACCACGCAGACGAGGCACAGCGCCAGUGCACAGCUUGUCCUCCUGGAUGCCUGGAGUGUGACAGUGGCAGCCUGUGCCACCUCUGUGACAGCAGCACGUUUCUGAAGAGUAAGAUCUGUGUUUCUGCCUGUGGCCAGGGUUUCUAUGGCAAUCCACGGACCAGAGAGUGUGAAGAAGGCAGCAGGCAUCCCCGGAGCUCCCGUGUGAGCAGCACCCUGACGGUGGGCAUUGGCGGGGUGCAGCCCCUAGCCCCGGCCCUGCUGGGCUGUGAUCCGGCCGGUUCCUGGCGCCAGCCGCAGUUCCAGCUGGACAACAUUCCCUCCAGCGGCCGGCUGGUGAUGCUGCGGGCCGGGCGGGAGGCGCCGCUGAGCCCCGGGCAGCGCUUCGGCUGCGCGGACCUGCGGGACAGGAGGGUGCGCUUCGUGCACGGCACACAGGAGCCCAGGAAAGGACAGUUUUCCUUGAAGGUCAGUGACCAAGAGUCAUUCUCCCACCUUGAGGUGAUCAACAUUCAAGCCUUCUCAACACAGGCACCGUUCGUGUUCAGGAACGAGCCCCUCUUCGUCGGCAGGGGGCAAACUGGGACCAUAUCGGAGCUGGUGCUGGGCGUGGGGGACAGUGACAACCCUCAGGACGUGGUGCUGGUGGUCCUGGAGCCCCCAAGGCACGGCAGGCUGCUCGGGGCCCCUGGGGACCCUGCCACCUUGUCCCUGGGUGACCUGGCAGCAGGGCGGCUGCGCUACGCCCACGACGGCUCCGACAGCCAGCAGGACGCGGCUCUGCUGCAAGUGAGCGACGGGUACCACUUCCAGAACAUCCUGCUCCUCAUCAGGAUUGCUCCCGAGGGAGCCAGGAGCCCCCGGCUGGUGAGCAAUUCCCUGGUGUGGGUGCCCCAGGGAGGAAUGCUGCAGAUCUCCAGGACAGUCCUGCAUGCCGAGCUGCCCGGUGCCAGGGACUCUGACAUCACCUACACCAUCACUGAGGGGCAGCCCACACAUGGGGAAGUGGUGCUGCUGGUGCCCAUGGCGGCGGACGGCCCGGCGGGCUCCUGGCAGCUCCUGCCCGAUGGAAGAGCGGCCUCCCCCACCACCUCCUUCACCCAGCAGGACAUCAGCGACGGCAUCGUGUGGUACAGGCACUCGGGGGCUGAAGUGGAGAGUGACUCCUUCCAGUUCCAGGUGUCCAGCUCUGCCAGUCCACAAGCCAGCCUGGAAAGCCACGUGUUCAACGUUGCUGUUCUGCCCCAGACACCCAAGGCCCCUCAGCUUUCCCUCGGCUCCUCUCUGCACAUGGCUGUGCUGGAGGACCGUGUGACAGUGAUUGAGCCCCAUCACCUCUCCUUUGUAGACCCGGAGGUUCCCAGUGAGAAAAUCCUGUACAACGUGACUGUGCCUCUCCUUCCUGGGCAAGGUAUUGUGGAGCACAGGGACAAGCCUCUGUCCCCAGCCAGGUUCUUCAGCCAGGCCGACAUCAACCACGGAAGGAUUGCUUAUCGCCCGCCGGCCGCCGCCCCUCACCUCCGGGAGAUGACGGCCUUCUCCUUCGCAGGUCUCCCGGAGUCCGUGAGCUUCCGGUUCACAGUGUCUGGUGGGGACCACACGAGCCCGGAGAUGGUGUUUGUCAUCCACCUGCUCUCUGCUGAGCAGCAGCCUCCAGUCUUCCAGAUCGCAGCUCCCUUCCUGGAGGUCAGCCAGGGGGGCAGAGCCACCAUCGGGAUCCAGUUGGCUGUAAGUGACACGGAUACAGCUCCUGAGGGCCUUUUCUUUGAGCUGGUGAAACCUCCCCAUCAUGGCAUCGUGCUCAAGUACAGCGCAGAUGUGCAGGAGCUCAUGAGAGCAGGCGACACCUUCACCUACGAGGACGUCACCCGGAACGCUCUGCAGUACGUGCACGACGGCUCGGCAGCUGCAGAGGACAGCAUGGAAAUCUCUGUCACCGACGGUGUCACCACAGUCACCACAGUGCUGAGGGUGGACGUGUCCCAGCUGGACACCCACGGCCCCCAGCUGGCCCCGGGCUGCCUGUUGGCUGUCACCGUGGCCAGCAAAAGCUCUGUGACCCUGUCCCGACAGCACCUGGCUUACACGGACAACAACUCCCCUGACUCAGAGAUCAGAAUCCAGCUGAUAUCUCUGCCAGCCUAUGGAACCCUCCUCAGGACAUCAGGCUCCCACAACGAAGAGCUUUCCAAGGUUUACAAUUUCACCAUGGAAGACAUCAACAGCCAGAGGAUCAGCUACUCCACCACGUUUGAGACCAGCAAUCAGCCCGUGACUGACGUCUUCCACUUCUCAGUGCUGGAUGCUGACAACAACAGGCUGGACAGACAGAUGUUCACCGUCACCAUCACCUCCGCCCCAGCGCUCAUCGCCUUCGCUGACCACGUCACCGUGGAUGAGGGGGGCAGAGUCCCGCUGCUGGCUCAUCACCACUUGACUGCUGACUAUGACACUGCUGCCAAGGAGGACCUGAGGGUCACCAUGGUCACUCUGCCUGUGUAUGGCUGCAUCGAGAACACCAGGACAGGAGAGAGCUUUGGCCCACAGAGUGAGUCUGUGGGGAGCACAGGUGUGUCCUUUUCUCUUCAUGAUGUCCUGGAGAAGAGCAUUUACUACUUCCAGAGCGUCCAUGAGAGCAUUGAGCCCACAAGUGACGCUUUCAGCUUCUAUGUGAGUGAUAGCUUCAGCCAGUCAGAGGUGCAGAGCAUCAACAUCACAAUCCAGCGGCAGAAUGACGAACCCCCCAGGAUGGUGCUGGAGCCUGUCCGGGUGCAGGAGAGCUCGGCCGUGGUCGUGACCAACGCCUCCCUCAGCCUGCAGGACUUGGACACGCAGAGCAGCGAGCUGGUCAUCGUGGUCAGCCAGAGCCCUGAGCAUGGCCAGCUGCGUAGAAGGCAGAGCGCGGCGGAGGCGCCGGAGCAGGGCCAGCCGCUGUCCCGGGGCUCCUCCUUCACCUACCAGGAUGUCCUGGAGCGGCUGAUCGUGUACACCCGGAGUGGGGCCGCCGCACCCACCGACGGCUUCGGCUUCUCCCUCAGCGACGGGCUCCACACGCAGGCAGGGAGGCUGGAGUUCUCCAUGGAGCUGCCCAGGACGCUGCCACCCACGGUGGCUGUCAGCAGGGACCUGCAGCUGCCAGCUGGCUCUGCAGCUCGGCUCACGGCUCAGCACCUGAAAGCAGCAGCUGGACAUUCAGAGGACACGGCCAUCAGAUUUGUCCUGAGAAGGGACCCCAGCAGGGGCCAGCUGCAGCUGACCACAGCUGAUAGCCCAGUCCAGAUCUCUGCCAAAGGACCCCUCAGAAGUUUCACCCAGGCUGAUAUAAACAAAGGGCACGUGGUGUACAGCCAUGGCAAAGGGGAUCCCGGCGGAAACUUCCCCUUCACCUUUGAUGUGAUGGAUGCAGAUGGCAACAAGUUGAUGGACCAGGUUUUCCACAUCCAUGUAAUAGAGGACAGAUUUCCCCCCUCCAUCAUCACCAACAAGGGGCUGGUGUUGGAUGAGAACUCAGCCAAGGCCAUCACAACCCUCCAGCUCUCAGCCACUGACCAGGACAGCGAGGCCUCCCAGCUGCAGUACAAGGUGACCCGGCAGCCACAGCUGGGCCAUCUGGAGCACGUGGCCUCCCCAGGGACAAGAAUUAGUUCCUUCAGCCAGGCAGACUUGGCCUCUGGCAGCAUCCAGUACAUCCACACCAGUGACAUGGAAAAGCACAGGGACACCUUCACCUUCUCUGUGUCUGAUGGGACAAACGAGGUGAGCCAGACCUUUGACAUCACCAUAAACCCCGUGGACGACUCCUUACCCGUGGUGCAAAUCUUUGGGAUGACGGUUCAGGAAGGGGUGAGAAAAACCAUUACUGAGUUUGAGCUCAAAGCAACAGAUGCUGACACAGAGGUGGAGUCCAUCACGUUCCGGGUGGUGCAGCCGCCCCGGCACGGGCUGCUGGAGCGCGGCGGCCGCGGGCAGCGUCCCCUCCCGGCCAGCACCUUCACCAUGGCUGACAUCUACCAGAACCUCGUCAGCUACAGCCACCACGGCGGCGGCGCCGCGCUCAGGGACCGCUUCACCUUCACCGUGUCCGACGGCACCAACGCCCUCUUCGUGGUGCAGGAGGGCCAAAGGAAGGUGGUGACCGCAGCGCCACAGCGCUUCCAGGUGGAAAUCCUCCCUGUGGAUGAUGGGACACCCAGGGUUGUCACCAACGUGGGCUUGCAGUGGCUGGAGUACACGGAUGGCAAGGCCACCAAUCUCAUCACUAAGAAGGAAUUACUGACGACAGAUCCUGACACAGGUGACAAACAGCUGAUCUAUGAGAUAACAACUGGUCCCAGGAAUGGUCAUGUGGAGAACAAGCUGAAGCCAGAGACAGCUGUGACCACCUUUACACAGGAGGAUGUGAACCAGGGCCUCAUUCGGUACGUGAUGCACGAGGAGAAGGUUCAGGAGACCACGGACAGCUUCCAGUUCCUGGUGAAGGACGGCAAACCCAACGUGGUCAGCGGCAACGUCUUCCACAUCCAGUGGUCCCUCCUCAGCUUUACUCACUCCAGCUACAAGGUCAGGGAGAGCGCUGGCUCCGUGAGCGUCACCGUGAGGCGGCUGGGGAACCUCAACCAGUACAGCAUCGUCCUGUGCCGCACCGAGCAGGGAACGGCCGCCGCUGGAUCGGGAGCACGGCCCGGAGAGCAGGACUACGUGGAGUACGCGGGGCAGGUGCAGUUUGAGGAGAGGGAGGACACGAAGGCCUGCACCAUCGCCAUCCACGACGAUGAUGUGUUCGAGGGCACGGAGAGCUUUUCCGUGGAGCUCAGCAUGCCGGCCUACGCCCUGCUGGGCAACGUCACCCGCGCCACCGUCACCAUCUCCGACCCCGAGGACGAGCCCACGCUGCAGUUCGACAGGAGCACCUUCCAUGUCAGUGAGAGCGCCGGCUUGCUCUCGGCUCCUGUGCAAAGGAAAGGGGAUGCCAGCAGCACUGUGUCUGCCAUCUGCUACACCGUCCCCAAAUCAGCCAGGGGCAGCAGCCUUUACAUGCUGGAAUCCGGCUCUGACUUCAAGUCCCGGGAGCUGUCGGACGAGAGCCGCCUCGUGUUGGGGCCGGGGGUCACCGUGGUGACCUGUGAUGUCACUCUGAUCGAUGACAGCGAGUAUGAAGAGGAGGAGGAGUUUGAGGUGGUGCUGGCCGACGCCUCGGACAAUGCGCGCCUUGGCAGCCGGGCUUCGGCCAACGUGGUCAUUGCUGGUCCCAACGAUGCCUCCACCGUGUCCCUGGGGAAUGCCACCUUUACUGUCAGCGAGGCUGCAGGACGCAUUGAGAUCCCAGUGCUGCGGCAGGGACCCGACCUCUCCACGCCCACGUCGGUGUGGUGUGCCACUCGGACAUCGGACCCGCCCUCGGCCAGCCCGGGAGUCGAUUAUGUGCCCAGCUCCAGGAAAAUAGAGUUCAGGCCAGGCAAGACCGAAGAGGGCCACUUGAGAACUGUUAAUGAUUCUGCUAGGCACAGAUUCCCCAUGCCAUCAGCACUCCAGCCUGGAGAGAUUUGGUCAUGCCACCUCUUCCGGGCAGGAAUUCCACUUUCCUCCCAGUUCUGCCCCCUGACAAUCCUGGAUGAUGCCCAGUACCCAGUGAUAGAAGGGCUGGAGACAUUUGUUGUUUACCUCAGCUCCCCCCACGGAGCCGAGCUGGCAAAGCCCUUCCAAGCCAUCGUGGCCAUCAAUGACAUCUUCCAGGACGUGCCCAGCAUGCAGUUCAGCAAGGACAGCUACACGGCCAGGGAGAAGGAGGGCACCCUGCACGUCCCCAUCUUGCGGGCGGGGGACCUGAGCUACGAGUCCUCCGUCAGGUGCUACACCCGGAGCCUGACAGCGCAGCUCAUGGAGGACUUCACCGAGAGGAGGGAUGCAGAGGAGUCUCGCAUCAUCUUCCUCAAAGGGGAGAAGGUGAAGAACUGCAGUGUUCACAUCAGUGACGACUCUGCCUUCGAACCAGAAGAGCAGUUCCAGGUCUAUCUGGGGAGCCCCCUUGGAAACCACUGGAGUGGAGCUAGGAUUGGGAAGAUGGAUGUGGCAACCAUAACUAUCACCAACGACGAAGAUGCCCCCACCAUCGAGUUCGAGGAGGCGGCGUACCAGGUGCGGGAGCCGGCGGGCCCCGAGGGCGUGGCGGUGCUGAGCAUCCCGGUGGUGCGCAGGGGCGACCACAACCGCACCUCCCGCGUGCGCUGCAGCACCCGCGACGGCUCCGCGCAGGCCGGCGUGGAUUACUACCCUAAGAGCCGCAUGCUCAAAUUCAGCCCAGGUGUGGCCCACAUCAUGUUCAAGGUGGAGAUCAUGUCCAACGAGGACCGGGAAUGGCAUGAGUCCUUUUCUCUGGUGCUGGGCCCAGAUGAUCCAGUGGAAGCAGUCCUGGGAGACAUCAGCACUGCCACAGUGACUAUUUUGGAUCAGGAGGCAGCAGGGAGCCUGAUUCUCCCAGCACCUCCUGUGGUUGUCACCCUGGCUGACUACGACCGCGUGGAAGAAGUGACCAAGGAGGGCGCUAGGAAAUCCCCCUCCCCAGGCUACCCCCUGGUCUGUGUGACUCCCUGUGACCCUCACUUCCCCAAGUACACCCUGAUGAGGGAGCGCUGUGCUGAGGCUGGCAUCAACCAGUCCUCCAUCCAGUUCAGCUGGGAAGUGGCCGCCCCCACGGACGGCAACGGAGCCCGGUCGCCUUUCGAGACCAUCACGGACAACACCCCCUUCACCAGCGUCAACCACAGGGUGCUGGACAGCAUCUACUUCAGCCGGCGGUUCCACGUGCGCUGCGUGGCCAAGGCUGUGGACAGGGCCGGCCACGUGGGGACGCCCCUGAGGAGCAGCGCGGUCACCAUAGGCACAGACAGUGCCAUCUGCCACACGCCUGUGGUGGCGGGGACGGCCCGAGGCUUCCAGGCACAGUCCUUCAUUGCCACGCUCAAGUACCUGGAUGUGAAGCACAAGGAGCAUCCCAACAGGAUCCACAUCUCGGUGCAGAUCCCCCACCAGGAUGGGAUGCUGCCCCUGAUCUCCACGCUGCCACUGCACAACCUGCACUUCCUGCUCUCCGAGUCCAUCUACAGGCACCAGCAUGUCUGCUCCAACCUGGUCACUGCCAGGGACCUCAGAGGCAUCUCAGAGGCAGGGUUCCUGGCCGAGGUGGCCCCGGAGAGCUCGGUGCUGGGCCCGGGCUAUGACCGGCCCUACCAGCUGGACCCUGCAGUGCGGGAGCCCAGGAGCAUCCAGCUGUACCAGCACCUCAACCUCAAGAGCUGCAUCUGGACCUUCGACGCCUACUACGACAUGACCGAGUUAAUUGAUGUCUGUGGGGGCUCUGUCACUGCUGACUUCCAGGUGAGGGACUCUGCCCAGUCCUUCCUGACAGUCCACGUGCCUCUGUACGUGUCCUACAUCUACGUGACGGCGCCGAGGGGCUGGGCUUCCCUGGAGCACCACACGGAGAUGGAGUUCUCCUUCUUCUACGACACCGUGCUCUGGAGGACAGGGAUCCAGACGGACAGUGUGCUCUCGGCCCGCCUGCAGAUCAUCCGCAUCUACAUCCGCGACGACGGCCGCCUCGUCAUCGAGUUCAGGACACAGGCCAAGUUCAGAGGGCUGUUUGUCUUGGAGCACCACAGCCUGCCAGAUGUCAGGUCCUCCUUGAUGACUCCAGAGCACCUGGGAGGGAUCGAGUUUGACCUGCAGCUGCUGUGGAGUGCUCAGACUUUUGACUCUCCCUACCAGCUCUGGAGAGCAACCAGCUCCUACAACAGGAAGGACUACUCUGGAGAAUACACCAUCCUGCUGAUCCCCUGCACGGUGCAGCCCACGCAGCCAUGGACAGAGCCUGGAGACAAGCCCCUGCCCUGCACGGCUCACGCUCCCGAGCGGUUUUUGAUCCCGAUUGCCUUCCAGCAGACAAACCGCCCGGUUCCGGUUGUUUACUCCCUGAACACAGAGUUUCAGCUCUGCAACAACGAGAAGGUUUUUCUCAUGGAUCCCACCAAGUCGGAAAUGUCUCUGGCAGAAAUGGAUUACAAAGGGGCUUUUUCCAAGGGGCAAAUCCUGUAUGGGCGUGUGCUCUGGCACCCGGAGCAGAACCUGAACGCGGCGUACAGGCUGCAGCUGGAGAAGGUUUACCUGUGCACGGGCAGGGACGGCUACGUGCCUUUCUUCGACCCCACGGGCACCGUCUACAACGAGGGGCCCCAGUAUGGCUGCAUCCAGCCCAACAAGUACCUGAAGCAUCGAUUCCUGCUCCUGGACCGAAACCAGCCGGAAGUGACGGAUAAGUAUUUCCACGAUGUGCCUUUCGACGCCCACUUUGCUUCCGAGCUGUCCGAGUUCCACUCGGUCAGCAGCAUGCCCGGAGUUGACGGAUUCACUCUCAAGGUGGAUGCUCUCUACAAGGUGGAAGCUGGGCACCAGUGGUACCUCCAGGUGAUCUACGUGAUCGGCCCGGAGGGCACGGCCGGGCCCCGUGUGCAGCGCUCGCUGGCUCGCCGCUGGCAGCGCGGCCGCAGGGACCUGCCCGAGGCGCUGGAUGCCUCCCUCGUCUAUGACAACGAGGGCGACCAGCUGAAGAACGGCACCAACAUGAAGUCGCUGCUCUUGGAGAGGGAGGAAGCUGCUGCCGCAGCCUCCUUGUCCCAAGUGGGUGCCUCCCUGGGCAGCGCCUUCGCUGCCCUCACCCUGCUGCUGCUGGUGCUGUCCGGAAUUUGCCUCCUGGCCAGGGAGUGCCGCAAGCUGCGGAGGAAGCGGGAGGCUGCAGGCGGCGCUCCCGAGGAGCACCCCUUGAACACCAAGGUGGAUCUGCCCCGGGGCGGCCCGCAGGCCGUGGGCAGCCGGUGUUGCACCGUCAGGAACGUUCAUCCCCCGCGGGACUACGGCGGCGGCUGCCAGGGGCACGGCAGGAAGGUGAAGCAGGUGAACUUGGAAGUCAAAGUCCACAGCAAUUUGCACGACGGCACGGAAGUUUAACGGAGCACACGCGUUGGGAAAAGCUUUUUAUAAACUGUAAAAUAAAGAUAAUCCCAAACUGAAAA